UUGCAUGAUGGACAUGCGCAGAAAAUCAGUCGUGCGUUUGCUUCCAUGUGGACAUUUAUUGUACGCAAAAUGUAGUGGACCUGUCAUUGUAGAAGAAAAGUGUCCAAUAUGUCGAGGAAAUAUUGAAGGAAAUAUAACAACGAGGACAGAUUGCGGAUUGUUGAGGCCGCUAAUAAGGGAGAAGACUGGUGCAGUUUAGCAUCAUCUUUAGAUAUAGUUUAUAAAACUGCUUUCACAUGGGUGCAAUCCGGCAGAGUCGUGACUCAAAAACGAGGUGGAGAGAAUGAAAAGAAGCUGACUGAAAACGAGGUAGCUGUAAUGGUUCGUUGGGUGGAAGAAGACUGUACUGUCACCUUAAAGCAGUUAGUCUCCAAAGUGCAAACG